CCCGGGAAGCGCCCCUCUCCGGGCGGCGUCGCCAUGGCAACGCGGCCUGCUCACGCGGCCUAGCGCGGCCUUCCCGCCGGGUUCGGCCAUGCGGGUUUGGGGGCGCGCGCUGCGGGCUGCCGGGUCCCUCCGCUGGGCCGCUGCCCGUCCUGGGGCCUCCCGCGCAGCGCACUGUGGUCAGAGCGAAAGGCCUCAGGGACGCAGGGCCAAGCUGCCCGCGGGGCCGGACCUGAGGCACUUCCUAAGAGGGGCCGCCGCGCCACCGCCCGCCAGGGAGCCGGAGCCGGAGCCGGAGGCGGGGCGGGGCUCUACCUCCGGUCUCGGGAAAGUGUACCUGGAGACCUAUGGCUGCCAGAUGAACGUCAAUGACACAGAGAUUGCUUGGGCUAUCCUGCAGAAGAGCGGCUACACCAGGACAAAGAAAGCAGAUGAGGCGGAUGUGAUUCUACUUGUGACCUGUUCUGUUAGGGACAAGGCUGAGCAGGCUGUCUGGAACCGCCUGCAGCACCUCAAGGCUCUGAAGGCCCGGCGGCGCCAGGCGUGCUUGCCUCUGCGCAUUGGGAUCCUAGGAUGCAUGGCUGAGAGGCUUAAGGAGGAGAUUCUUCAUAGGGAGAAGCUGGUCGAUAUUGUGGCAGGCCCUGAUGCGUAUCGGGACCUUCCCCGGCUGCUGGCCGUGGCUGAAUCUGGGCAGCAAGCUGCUAAUGUCCUGUUAUCACUAGAUGAGACUUAUGCAGAUAUUCUGCCUGUCCAGACUAGCGCAGGUGGCAAAACAGCAUUUGUAUCCAUCAUGCGGGGCUGUGACAACAUGUGCAGCUACUGCAUUGUGCCCUUCACACGUGGCCGAGAGAGGAGCCGCCCCGUCGCGUCCAUCCUGCAGGAAGUGAAGAUACUCUCAGAUCAGGGGGUGAAAGAAGUGACCCUUUUGGGUCAGAAUGUCAACAGCUUUCGAGACAUGUCUGAGGUGCAGUUUCACUCAGCUGCUGCCCCAGUCCUCAGCCGUGGCUUUAGCACUGUCUACAAAGCUAAACCAGGAGGCUUGCGUUUUGCACAUCUUCUAGACCAGGUCUCUAGAAUUGAUCCAGAAAUGAGGAUUCGUUUCACUUCUCCACACCCCAAGGAUUUUCCUGAUGAGGUCCUGCAGCUUAUCCAGGAACGGCACAACAUCUGCAAACAACUUCACCUCCCAGCCCAGAGUGGAAGCACUCGGGUCCUGGAAGCCAUGCGGCGGGGAUACACAAGAGAAGCAUAUUUAGAGCUUGUACAGCAUGUGCGCAGCACCAUCCCAGGAGUGAUUUUAAGCAGCGAUUUCAUUGCUGGUUUCUGUGGGGAGACAGAAGAAGAUCACCAGCAGACUGUGUCCCUGCUGCGGGAAGUGCGCUACAACGUGGGCUUCCUCUUUGCCUACAGCAUGAGGCAGAAAACUCGGGCGUCUCACCGGCUGCAGGAUGACGUGCCUGCAGGUGUGAAGCGGAGGCGACUGGAGGAGCUCAUCGCUGUCUUUCGAGAGGAGGCUGCAAGGGCAAACGAGGCGAUGGUGGGCCAGGCCCAGCUGGUGCUGGUGGAGGGGCCCAGCAAGCGCUCUGCCUCCGAGCUGUGUGGGAGGAAUGAUGGCAACAUCAAGGUGAUCUUCCCUGAUGCCCACACAGAGGAUGCUGGGGGCUGCAAGGCUCUGGUCAGAGCCCAGCCUGGGGACUACGUUUUGGUGAAGGUAACCUCUGCCAGCUCUCAGACCUUGAAGGGAGUCCUGCUUUGUCGUACCACCCUCUCCCGCUCCGCAGCUUGUCCCUGAGGUAUCCCAUGCCCCUUCUAAAUCUGUGCAAGUUUAUGGACUGGGAUGGAAGCUGUACAUUCGUGUGCCAAACCCCAGUACUGUGUGAUUUGGUGCUUUCACUUGCUGUCAGGCCUGGCUCACCUUUGCAGUGCUGCAGGUUUGUCUUCUGAUUGUGUCCUCUGAUGCAGCCCAGCCCUGAGAGCUUUGUCUGCAGAGCAGGUCGUUGCUCCUAGCCCAGCUGAAUUUGGAAGCUGCAGAGACUGACAGCACCAGGGAAACAGAACUCCAGUAACUUCCAGAGGAUCACAGGAGAACUGCCAGAGGAGACAGGCUACUUGAAGAACAGGAUAAGCUGGUGAUGGAUUCUUUCCAAAUAACGAUAACCUCCUCAAUUGCAAAAUACUUGGGAAGUAAGACCCUGAGCUGUGCCUGUAUGAUGGAAUGUAGCACCAAAGUGUGGAAUAUAAAAUGUCUUUUAGUGA